AUGCUCAACAAGAAAACUCCAUCACUCCUCAACACAAAUCGACUCCGACAAAGCGCAGGUUAUCGCCAGGACCAAAUGCUCAAACGAAUGCUCUUCCUGCUCUUGCCAUCGCCAGGUCAAGCAACAUCCCGACUCGUCAUCGGGUCCACCACGCUGACAUCGCGUCAGCAACUGCGGACGCAGUUCAAGCCAGUUGACCUUCCCAAAUCGAAAACGAUCAAGGUUGUCGUGAAAUGCGACGAAGACGACAUGGCGUUCAAGGUCAAACGCACCGCAUACCUCCAAAAGAUUUUCGACAACUUCGCCCAUGCCAAGGGCAUUCCAGUCGAGACGCUUCGAUUCUUUUUCGACGGGACGAGGUUGAAAGGCGACGUCACCGUCGAGUCUUUGGGUCUCGAAUCCGACUGUCGCAUCGACUGCUUCUCGGAGCAAGUGGGUGGAGCAAUAACAGCUCAAUGUUUUUGA